UUGCAAAGUUAGGCGUCCUUAGAAAAUAUCUAACGGAGGUAAAUUUGGACCACGUCCUUGCACAGCAUGGAGAAGAAAGGUGAGGCCCAUUGAGUUUACAAACACUGAAAAAGACAAACCAGUCUUAAUAUUAAUUUAUUGAGCAAAAGUCCCAAGCGUGCACGUCAGAAACCAAAGGAAGCUGAAAACUGGAAAUUCCUCUCCCCCUCUUAAACUUCAUCACCUUCACAACUGCAACCAACAACUAGUCUUUGAUCUGAGUAUCGCUCCUAUGGCCAACCAACAAGGACAUUCUUCUUCUUCUUCUUCUUCUUCUGUAACUCAAGAUCCAUGGACAUAUGAUGUGUUUGUGAGUUUUAGAGGUAAGGAUACACGCACCAAUUUUACAGAUCAUUUGUACAAGGCCUUGUCCGAUAAGGGGAUCUACACCUUCAUUGAUCGUGAGCUUAAAGUAGGAGAAAAAAUCUCACCGGCCCUUCUCGAAGCAAUUGAAGAGUCACGGAUUUGUCUCAUUGUAUUCUCUGAAAACUAUGCAUCCUCAAGGUGGUGCUUGGACGAACUCGUUGAGAUCCUUCGAUGCAAAAGCUCAACGAAUCAAAUAGUUUGGCCCAUUUUUUACAAAGUGGAUCCUUCGCAUGUACGGAACCAAACAAAUAGUUUUGGUGACGGAUUUGCUGACAUGAACUGCAGAUUUAAGGAUAAUACGGAGAAGGUGCUAAGGUGGAGGAGCGCUCUUAGAGAAGCAGCAAGUUUGAAAGGAUAUACUUGCAAGGCGGGAGAGUAUAUUUCUACCCUCUAUAGUGCACAUAUGUAUGGUUAAUUUAGUGGCUUGAUUCUAUAUUUCAGGGUCAUCUAUCUUUUUCAAGUUUAA